AUGGGCGCAAGUGUUGCACAGCACGAGCGCGCUUGUGUGCUCACAUGUGUUGUGCUGUGCCAUCAGCGUGGCCACACCUUUGUGCGUUUCGUGUCUCUCAUGUUGCUUCGGUUCUUUUUCCUUCAAUAUCUUGUCUUCCUCUCCUCUUCCUCUUGGUGUUCAGGAGAAGUCGUUGCAUCACUCCGUGUCUUUCUGCGUCUUCCUUUCGGACAUGAUGCCGCUGGGAUUACACAUUUCGCCUCCCAUCUUGCCACACGCUGUUGUUGCUGUCGCUGUCCCUGUUGUUGUGCCUGCCCAGCACGCGACGCCUCUCCAGACGGCAUCGCCAGUGGCAACAUCAGAGUUGAUGCUGCCACUGUCGGCGUCUGUAGUAGUUGUGGUAGUGGUGAUGACGGUGGUGUCAAUGGCCGUUCUCUCGCAUGGCUGCUGUUGUCGUCGCAUGUGGGAGCUCUCCAACCACUGUCACUGAAAUCACAUUUCAUUUUGUGCAUUUUGGCAAAUGCCACAGGCACAAGAAGGCACAGGCAAGGGGCUGGGAGGCGAGGCGGGAGCUGGGGACAGGCAAGUGGGGAUGUGCCGGAGACAGUGGCGGUGGCGAUGCAGAGAGGAGAUAUGGGGAGGGGAGAGGACAGUGGUCGUUGA